CACAAGCUUAGCUAGCGUGGAGGUGCCCAAGGCGACGACGGCCGCCGCGCCAGGCUAGCCAACCAGCUGCUCAUCGCUCCUAGCUGCGGAGCCGAUGGCUGGAGCCGACGUCGACGUCGGGACGGAGCUCCGCCUCGGCCUGCCAGGAGGAGGCGCCGAUGCGGCCAAGGCUGCCAAGAGGGGCUUCGAGGACACCAUCGACCUCAAGCUGAAGCUGCCCACCGCCGGCAUGGAGGAAGCUGCCGCUGCCGCCGCCGCCAAGCCGGAGCCGGCCGCCGAGAAGGCCAAGAGGCCCGCCGAGGCGCCGGCCGCUGAUGCCGAGAAGCCACCCGCACCCAAGGCACAAGCUGUGGGUUGGCCACCAGUCCGGUCAUACCGCAGGAACGUCAUGACCGUCCAGUCUGUGAAGAGCAAGAAGGAAGAGGAGCCUGAGAAGCAGCAGUCCGCUGCCAACGCCGGCGGCAACGGCUCCGCCUUCGUGAAGGUCAGCAUGGACGGCGCGCCCUACCUGCGCAAGGUGGACCUGAAGAUGUACAACAGCUACACGGAGCUCUCCGUUGCUCUGAAGAAGAUGUUCAGCACCUUCACCACAUCCGGGAACAACAUGAAUGAGGGAAAACUAGUUGAUCCGGUCAGCGGUGCUGAUGUGGUCACUACUUACGAAGACAAGGAUGGCGACUGGAUGCUCGUUGGCGACGUCCCGUGGGAGAUGUUUGUCGAGUCAUGCAGGCGUCUGAGGAUCAUGAAGAGCUCUGAAGCCAUAGGUCUUGCACCAAGAACGAAGGACAAGUGCAAGAACAGGAGCUGAAGAAGAUACAGCGUUAAAGACGCUGCCCGUUGUGUCAAAAGAAUGGUGCCCUUGCAGUGUGCUGCGGUUUUUCUAGAAAUAUAAUGCGUUUUAAUUACUAGUUGGAGGGAGACCUGUCUUGUUCAAUUUGUUCAUGGACCAGAAGCAAUAAUCUAUCUGUGUGUAGCUGGAUUGGUGUUAUGCGAUGUCCCCUACCGUGUGUCCCAGAAUCUACUUGGUGAUUUUAUCCCAGUGUUGUUAAUCAAGCUUGUGUGAUUGUUAAGUAAAGGGCAUCAAUGAGACUAUUAUUAUUAUGGUACCUUGUAAGUUAACCUGUUUGUUAAUUGUCAUUAUAAU